AAUCAACGUUACAACGUCAAGCCUGGCUGUUUACCGGCAUAGGUUUCCGAGUUCUCAAUCUGCAGAAUGGUUUUUGCAUAUAGAGAUGAGGCAGGUUGAACCCAUGGCUGGCUGUUGAGUAGUGGCUGCAAGGUAGUUGCCCCGACUUCUUGUUCAAUGGUACACAAGCUGGUUCCGCCCAUGUGUCCUCCUGGGCGGAACUAGCUAACCCACAACUCGAACUCGUCAUUUAAGUAUUGAACGCUGGGCGAUAGGCCCAUUUCCUGGCGACCGACAGGCACGCUGAAGUGUGCUAGUGACCAUUUGACGGGAUGACUCGGAAAAUCCGACCUCGGUGAUUUUCCGUGGAAACUUGGUCUAGGUUGCUGUCAUUAUUCGUUGAUAUCAAGGAUGGACACAGUACAGAGGUACAGGACUUCCAAUCCAUACGAGAAGGCUUUUGGGUACUGCAGAGCCCUCAGAAAGGGUCCCUUCAUCUUCGUGUCCGGCACAACCGCCGUCGACGUCACCACCGGGAAAGUCGACCAUCCUUCCUCUGCUUAUCACCAAGCCCUCAAGGCACUCAAGGAGCUCGUGGUGGCCGUGGAGUCCUUAGGUGGGAACAAGGCUGUCAUUGUCCGGGUUCGGAUGUUUGUGAUUCACGAGAGCGAUGCUACUGAAGUCGCCCGGGCGUUGAAGGAGGAAAUAAAAGACGUUGAGCCUACAGCCACUAUGAUUCUGGGGGCCAAGUUUGUGUCCCCGGACAUGCGUGUUGAGAUCGAGGCCGACGCCGUAGUAUCGCUCUAGGCACGCUGGAGUGCAAUUGUAUCUUAUUUGACGUAUUAUGACACCUUCGUGGGGUUGAAUACCCUUUUCUCCAUUCCGUUGCCUCGCUGUGGACAGUGAAACUCAUACUUGGCAUGAAGCCUCAGGACACAACAGAGAUAGGUCCUCUUCUGUACCACCUCGCGGGUAUUCAUUGGAGAUACUCGCUCCCGAAGCUUACCUACUCAUGAAGUUUCGUAGUGUGCACGUGUAGUGCAGGUCCCAUUCCUUACUCCACUCCUCUCUUGCUCUCGACCUUUCAACAUGUCAGUCACUGCUUCGCUUCCAGUUCCC